AUGACGGCUGAGAGCCGGCCGCCGCCGCCGCAGACGGAGGCGCUGGCGGCCGUGAAGGAGGAGCGCGGUGAGGCUGGGCCCGGGGUCCCGGCGGAGGCCGCGGGGCGCGGCGCGGGCGGGCGUCGGCGGAAGCGCCCCCUGCAGCGCGGAAAGCCACCCUACAGCUAUAUUGCGCUCAUUGCCAUGGCCAUCGCGCACGCGCCGGAGCGCCGCCUCACGCUGGGCGGCAUCUACAAGUUCAUUACGGAGCGUUUCCCCUUCUACCGCGACAACCCCAAAAAGUGGCAGAACAGCAUCCGCCACAAUCUGACGCUAAACGACUGCUUCCUCAAGAUCCCGCGCGAGGCCGGCCGCCCAGGCAAGGGCAACUACUGGGCGCUCGACCCCAACGCCGAGGACAUGUUCGAGAGCGGCAGCUUCUUGCGCCGCCGCAAGCGCUUCAAGCGCUCAGACCUCUCCACUUACCCAGCCUACAUGCACGACGCGGCCGCCGCCGCCGCCGCCGCCGCGGCCGCGGCCGCCGCCGCCAUCUUCCCGGGCGCGGUGCCCGCUGCCCGCCCGCCUUACCCGGGCGCCGUCUACGCAGGCUAUGCCCCGCCGUCGCUCGCCGCGCCGCCCCCGGUCUACUACCCAGCUGCGUCGCCAGGACCGUGCCGGGUCUUCGGCCUGGUGCCUGAGAGGCCGCUCAGUCCUGAACUGGGCCCCGCGCCGUCGGGGCCCGCGGGUUCCUGCGCCUUUGCCUCGGCCGGCGCUUCCGCCGCCUCCACCAGCUACCAGCCUGCCGGCUGCGCUGGAGCCCGACCUGCCAACCCCUCCGCCUAUGCGGCCGCCUACGCGGGCCCGGAUGGCGCGUACCCGCAAGGGGCGGGCAGUGCCCUCUUUGCGGCGGCUGGCCGGUUGGCGGGGCCCGCCUCGCCCUCCGCGGGUGGCAGCAGUGGGGGCGUCGAAGCCGCAGUGGACUUCUAUGGGCGCACAUCGCCCGGCCAGUUCGGAGCUCUGGGGCCCUGCUAUAAUCCUGGUGGGCAGCUCGGAGGGGGCAGUGGAGGCGCCUACCAUGCUCGCCAUGCGACUCCCUAUCCUGGCGGUGUGGAUCGAUAUGUGUCCGCCAUGUGA